AUGCAUUUCCCUUCGAAGGUAUAUGGGGAUUGGAGAGAUGAGUUUCAUCAGUUCGGCUGCGCCGUUAUUAAGGGAGUCAUAGGUCCCGAUCGGGCGGAGUAUUACCGUGGAAAGCAAAUCGAAUGGCUCAAGAAGUUCGAUCUCGGGUUCGAUGAAAAAGAUGAGAGCACUUGGACCACUGAACACCUCCCAUGUAACUUCAAGGGUGGAAUGUAUUUCCUAUACGGAGCCACCCAUGAAAACUUUGUGUGGGAGGCCCGUAUGGAGCCUAAGGUCAUUGAUGUUUUUACUAAGCUCUGGGAAACCGACGAGCUACUGGUCGCGUUUGAUGGGUUCAACGUUUCCUUCCCAAAUCGGGAAGACACCAAAUGGUCUCCGUGGCCACACUGCGAUCAAAGCCCGAACCGCAAGGGAAUGCAGGCGGUCCAAGGUCUUGUCAAUUUUGCUCCGAAUGGGCCAAAUGACGGUGGUUUAAUCCUGAUGAAAGGUGCGGCAAAUCUGUUCGAUGAGUUUUUUGCCUCACAGCGCCAGGCCGCAGACCAUGAGGAUGCACCACCGGCAGAGCUUGAAUGGGAGGACCUAUUCUUAUUCACUGAAGACCAUGUACAAUGGUUCAAGGACCGCGGUUGUGAGCUGACAAAGAUCAACUUGGAUCCGGGUGACAUGGUUCUUUGGGAUUCCCGAACAAUGCAUUAUGCUUGUCUUCCACAGGGUGACCAGAUCCGGCAUGCUCAAUACAUCUGCAUGACUCCAAAGCGUUUCGCCACUCCAGAGGCAUUGGAACUGAGAAAAAGAUGUUUCGACGAGUAUCGCGGUACUACCCAUUGGCCUCAUCGAAACAUCCACAUUACCUCAAUGAAGCCCAUGCGAGGUGAUCAGGUCUGCCCCAAGGAUCGUGAUGAGCCGUUUGAGAAACCAGUCAUAACUGAUCAAAUGCUGAAGUUGGUCGGAGUCAAAGGAUACUGA